GAGCUUCAACUUUGCUUUCAAUUUUACCUGGUUAAGAAAUGUUUGCUUCCAAGCUCUGCAAACAUACCAGUUUAUCCUGAGACAGGACUGUGCUGCUGGAAGACUAUGGGGUUGUGCUUUUCCAGCAGAGACGUUGUUUUGAUGAAAGGGUCUUGAUUUUGCACACUUUCAGCUUUUGCAUCCCAAAUUCUGGAUUUUCAUGAAUGGAUUGGUCCAGAAGUGUGUCAUAGAGAAAAUGACACACAGGAAAAUUGCCUUGUCUGUCCAGGAGCCAUCUGGGGAGCAGACUGAUCCAAGUAGUAAUUUCUGGUUAAAACGGCAUCAUGUUGGCCUUUUCCCAGCUGGAGUCCAGUGAGAGGGAAACAAACCAAGAGUCUGGAACUCUUUGGGGUGGGAGGGGAAAAGAAAGGGAAAGAGAUGGCAUGGGACAGGGGGAGGCUAUUUCUAAGACAACAGUCUGGAGAAAGAAAAGAUGAAACUUGGAAAGAAAGAAAGCCAACAGAACAAACACCCUAGAAACCUGUAGAAAAGAUGGUCCAGUGUCUGGCACGGAGUCAAAGACAAGGCUUAAAGUGGAAAAGUCAAAUGACUAGUUCUUCAGCAUUUCUUGACCUCUUGUGCCAGGAGUGGGAGGAGACACUGGCCACUAUUUAUAUGCAGAGUGGGGUAUGGGAUAUAUAAAAACGGUUAGAUGAUUCCCUCCUCAACCAUAUCUGCGGCUACUUAGACUCUUCCUUUUCAAAGAUCCUGCUCAAGUCUUUUAUCAGUCACUGCCUUCUGUCCACAAGAAGCCAGAGAAUUUAGUAGAAGAAUAAUUUUGCACAAAAGUGACAGAGGAUAUGUGACAAGGGAAUCCCUUUGACUGCUAAAUUGUCCUUCCGUGGAAUACUGAAUUUGGAAUCAAAGAGGAGCCAGGGCAAGUAAUAACCAUGGAGGAUAACCCCACUGUCAUUAAGCUAGACACUUCAGAAGGAAGAGAUGCAUCAUGGCGAAGGAGAAAGUUCAUUCCUAGAGCCAUUGGCUAUAUCACUGGAGAUAUGAGAGAAUAUGCAGACUGGCUCAAAGACAAACCUAUCAUACUUCAGUUCCUUGACUGGAUUCUUCGAGGCAUAUCCCAAGUGGUGCUUAUUAAUAACCCCAUCAGUGGGAUCAUAAUCCUAAUUGGGCUGCUGGUCCAGAGUCCCUGGUUUACUCUCACAGGCUGCCUGGGAAAUAUAGUGUCUACACUCACAGCCCUCCUGCUUAAGCAAGACAGGUCAGCAAUAGCAGCUGGACUUCAUGGCUAUAAUGCCACAUUGGUGGGAAUACUCAUGGCUCUUUUCUGCUACAAGGGAGACUAUUAUUGGUGGCUCUUAUUUCCUGUGAUUGUCAUGUCCAUGACAUGUCCAAUUUUUUCCAGUGCAUUGGGCUCAGUGCUUUGUAAGUGGGACCUCCCUGUCCUCACCCUGCCUUUCAACAUGGCAUUAUCAAUGUACUUGGCAGCCACUGGACACUUCAAUCCUUUCUUUCCCACCAAAUUACCUGCAACAUCAGUUCCCAAUGUAACCUGGUCUCAUAUCAAUGUCCCUGAGUUACUCAAAGCCAUUCCAGUGGGAAUUGGUCAGAUCUACGGCUGUGAUAAUCCUUGGACUGGUGGCCUUUUCCUGUUUGCCAUUCUCAUCUCCUCCCCACUCAUGGGCUUGCAUGCAGCGAUUGGAUCAAUACUGGGGAUAAUAGCAGGACUGACUCUUUCAGCUCCAUUCGAAAAUAUCUACCUUGGAUUAUGGGGCUUCAACAGCUCUCUGGCCUGCAUUGCAAUAGGAGGGAUGUUCAUGGCUCUCACUUGGCAAACUCAUCUCCUAUCACUUGCCUGUGCUCUGUUUACUGCUUAUCUGGCCAUAGCGUUAACACACAUCAUGGCUGUGUUGGGGUUGCCAUCAUGCACCUGGCCCUUCUGCUUAGCCACACUCAUCUUCCUUUUGGUAACAACAAAGAAUCACUCGAUCUACAAAUUGCCACUGAACAAGGUGACUUACUGUGAAGAAAACCGCACCUUCUACCUGACAGCAAAGAAAAAGUUAGCAGAAAGUCCUUUGUGACAGAAGGAUCAAAUCAAAGCCAAUCUGUCUGAUUUUAAACCAGACAAUACCAUCAACUUGCAGUAUCUGUAAAUUAAUAUCUUCUACUGUCGUAGAAUCUUUUAAACUAACCAUAUAGCAAUUUACUACUAUUUGUUCUUGAUAAAAAAAAAAAAUCCAUCCUUUUCUCUUCCAUGUAGCUUUCUGUUAAAGGUCAAUAAGAUGCCUUUUAAUUUAGGCUUAUCUAAACCUAGAGCAGCAAAACUACAUCUCUCUGGGUCUCAAUUUUCUCAGCUGUAAAAUGAGAAAGACCUCUAGGUUCCCUUUCAGCUCAAAAUCCAAUAGACCUAUUCUCUGACCAGGAGCAAGGGGCUGCAGUUUUAUAAAUACUUGAUUUGGAGGAGAGUUGUAGAAUAAAGGAUGUAUUGGUCAUAGGUUUAACAGCCUCCACUUACUCAAAGAUAAGAGGAAGUGAAUGCAGAAUGUGUUAUUGCACCUCUGUGUGAUAGGAUGGUUAUAAUUAACAGAUACAUAAAAAAUAUUAACAGUAUUAAUAACAUUAAGUCCUGUAUCUAACUAGCCUUUAGUUAAUAGAACCCAAAGCAGCAGAAGACCCAAAGGUCAUCUCAAAUAGAAAGGAAUGUACUUAAAAAAUUCAAUGUUGGCUACACAAUGAAGUCUAAUAUUGUGGGCAUGGCCUAGUGAAUAGUCACUACACCUAAAAGAGUCUCUAUGUAAUUAUAAAAAGUGAAAUCAAGCUUUUGUGCAUUGUUGCUUUAUAUUCUCCCAAUUUCAGGGCUCUUUAGCUUUGAGUUGUUUUCCCUCUCAGGACAGACAGCAGAGUAGGAGGGAGAUGGGAUAGGAUUAAUGUUUCUCCUGUAUUAUCACUCUUGUUGGAAUCUGGAAAUGAUUUCAAAAACUCCAUCUCCUGAGAAUAAAAUCAUUUUGAAAAGAAUAAAAUGAAUGAAUUUCUCUUCCCAACUUCAAUACCUCAUUAAAUUCAUAGAAAAGUUAUACAUUGAUUGAAUUUGCCUUUGAAAUACUUGACAGAGCCAAUUUAUUUUAAAUUGAUAAAAAUCAUUUUGAAUACACCAUGAAUAAGAGUAAAAGGAAGUUGGUAAUUAUUUGCAAUUUACAGUCACAUUUUCCAGAUCAACAUUUUUAAAAAUAUUUUCAGACAGGCUUUUUCCAGGGGGUAUGAUUACUUGUUGAUGUUACUUGUUGAAUUAAUAGUCUAUUAAGUUAAUAACUUUUACAAAAAGCAUUUUCUCAUUAAUUUAUGUAGAAUGAUACUAUUAUGCUUUAAGAAACCAAAGGAGUUUAAACUUCCAAAAGAAUGUAGAUGAUAGAAAAAAAAAAAAAAAGAAUGUAGAUGAUAGCAUCUAUGACAUUUGGAUCUAUAUGCUAGAAUAUGCAUCAAGAAUUCCUGAAAUAGUUAUAGAGCAUGAUCCCAUCACUGUGACUGGUUGAUUGAGCUGUCUGCCGGCAUCAAGCCAUCCAGUGACCAUUUAAAUUGGUUAAUUAUAUUUUUGUUGACUAGCAUGGUACAGAUUGACAUCUCAGCUAGCUAGUGGAGGGGAAUGCAGGAACAAUGAAAGCAGCGGAUGUAUGCUCUUUGGGACACGUCCUCCUUUUCAACACAAGAAGGUCUCAGGUAGCAACUAGAAGGCACAAAAUGUAUUGCUUUACCAAAAGAAAAGAAAAGAAAAAGAAAGAAGAAGAAGAAGAGAGGAGGAGGGAAGGGGAAGGAAGGAAGGAAGCACUAGAAUAACUUAUGCAUAGUUUAGCUCUCAUCACUUCAGAAAGAAUUUCAAAAAGGGGAGGUUAUGGUGAUCCAGCUAAAGACAGAGCAUCUGCACUUGGCUCAGUGAUCCCAUUUGGUUACAGUCUGGAAGGUUCUGCAAGGAAAUGUGGUGGUGCUUUUACCCCUUAUUGGUCAUUAUAAAACAGUUCAUGCAUGCCAUCAAAAAUGCAUACUCAAAAUGGAAUGACAUUUUUACUAAACUAUUAAUUUGUCAAUGGGGAAGUUUUAGAAAAUAAUGUUUUUUUACUUACAGUUUAUAAUGGAAAAUUAUAUUUAAAAAUGUUGAAGUGAUGGACUGGUAGCAGAAAGGUAAUCAGUUAAUUAAGAAGCAUUAUUAAGCAUAUGUGCCAAGCGAUAUGCUAGGAGAUAGAGAUGCUAAGACAGCCUCUGCUCUCAAGAAAUUUACCUUCUAUUCAAUGACUCAAGAGAUCAUAGGUCAUAACUAUUUUUCCUCUCAGGAAAAUACACCAAUUUUUCUGAUAUGGAGGUUCUUCUGAUCAAGGCUUUUUGACUUCUUUCAUUUGCAAGUGCAAUUCAGUUCAACCAGCAUUUAUUAUGUGCCUACUAUGUUCUAGGUUCAAAGCAUACAAAGAAAGAGAAUAAAAUACAGACCCUACUCUCUAGUAAGUCAUUCUAAGUGUAUACCUUCCUAUGGAAAAAAAAGAUUUUCAGUGUUUGAAUUGACAUUUAUUGUGUCAGAAGAUUUGUGAAAUAAAAGCCUUAGAAAUCAGGAAGAACAACACAAUAGCAACAAACAAUAAAGAAAAAAAAAUGUACAGGUUCUGAAAUCUGUGCUCCGAUAUGUGAAUAAACAACAAUGGAGCUAAUCCAUGCAUGAUUCAUGCUCAGAACGGAUCCGUGGUGGGUGAGUUUCUGUUCUGAAUAGAGCAACUUCUCAUGAAGUGAUUUCACACAAUUGUAAAUAUAAUCAUUUGAAAGCACUGUAAAUAAAAUAAGCUAAAGUGGUGUUAAUUUUCUUGUUUCCUGUUACAUAAUGAGUAUUAUUCUAACAACAUGUAUAUAUUUUUAUCUUUGUUCCACUGAAGAGCACUUGUGUGUAUUUUUCUAUCAUAUAUGUAUUAUGUGAGCUCAUAACAAUAAAAAAUAUAGUCACACAUGUA